CAAGACCGGCUAUAAAUGGCAGCGGCACUUGUCUAACGGUAAUUAGUUGCCCACUCAAGUGACCAUCAUGCACAUCACGAUUGUUUGCCUCCUAUUCACCUGGGGCCUAAGCCGCAGUCACGCAGCCACCACAAUCCUGCAUUCCAACGGCCAGUUGGCCAGUGCCGUUUCCCACCAGAGCUUCACCAGAUUGUCCUCAGCGGAGCCCCUAAUCCUCCACUCCCAGAAGCAACUGGUCGUUCCCUCAGCGAGGAUUGUCAACCAUCACUUAGCAGGGGCAAGUAGGCAUCAGGUCAAGAGGUUCUUCCAGGGGCAGGAGAAGGAGGAGGAGCAGCUGCCCACCAUCUCCAGCCAGACACCCGCCCACCUCACCUACGCCGCCCACCCGGUGGUGCACCAGAUGCUGCCAAGGAUUAAGCCCGUGCGGAACAUAAGCUUCGACUCCCUCGUCCCAGGACCACGCAGCCUGUCACCAGUUUAG